UCAAGCGAUUGGUGUCUUUUAAGCGUCUCAACUCUUUUUUCUAUAAAUUACUGCAUAGUAAUCAUGAGUCAAUCGCAUCGCAAAGGACCUUUUUACACCCUGCCCAAGCUGAUUCCCCAAUUCCGACCCCAAGCCCCGAAACCAGAACUGCUUCCGGACGACGUGGUGAGCUACAAAAUCGAGGCAACGCGUAAAAAACUGCUUAGCCUCCUGGGACGCUUUGAGAAGGUGGACUCUAUAAUCACGGAGUCCCGCCAGAGGCGAAAUCCUUUCCACACCGUGGUUUCAAUGGCGGUGGCCUACGAGGAUAUCGAGAGCCAGAUGAAGGACGGAAUCCAGGGAUGGUCGAAUAAUGACUUCGAGAAGAGCUAUGACUUACCCAGCACCAGCCUUUAAAAAUGGAAGAACCGAAAAUGGAACCGAAUUGUUGUUUAUAUCUUUAAUUUUUCAUUAAUCA